CUUGAACAGACCACAAUCCCUCUCCAGCUGUAAACCAGAACAGUGAGUGUGAGAGAUGUGGUCUCUUCAGCCUGAGACUCUGCCGCUCUUCCAUCUGAUCAGCCUCAUCACUGGGCUGCAGGCUGCAUCCAUGUUCUCCCUCUUUCCUUUCCUCACCGUGUGGAACGCCCCCACUGAGCUCUGCCUCUCCCGCUACGGUGUGGACCUCGACUUGGGCAUGUUCAGCAUCAUCCAGAACCAGAACCAAACCUUUAUGGGGGGAAACAUUACCAUUUUUUACGCCGAAAAGCUGGGCCUGUACCCAAGAUACUCGGACAAGGGGGUCGCUGUUAACGGAGGGGUUCCACAGAAUGGCAGCCUUGAGGAACACCUCAGCGUUACGGGUCUAAACAUCACGGCUUACAUGCCUGAACAAGAUUUCCAGGGCAUGGCUGUGGUGGACUGGGAGAGCUGGAGACCCGUGUGGGAGAGAAACUGGGCCAGUAAACAGGUGUACUGGGAAGGUUCAAGAGCGCUGGUGAAGUCCAAGCAUCCAGACUGGAAGCCUGCUCAGGUGGAAGCCGCUGCACGAAAGGAGUUCGAGCAGUUUGGGAGGAAAUUCAUGGAGGAAACCUUAAAACUGGGGCAGAAGAUGAGGCCAAAUGGUUUGUGGGGGUUUUACGGGUUUCCCAGCUGCUACAACCAAUAUAGCAACAAAACGGUAAACUACACAGGGGAGUGUCCGGCUGUGGAGCUGCAGAGGAAUGACAAGCUAUGGUGGUUGUGGAACGUCUCCUCCGCUCUGUACCCCGACAUCUACCUCAGCUUGGAGCUCCGCGACGUCGGCAGAGAAGUGCUCCUCUACGUUCGUCACCGCAUCCUGGAGGCCAUGAGGGCCUCGGCUCAGGUGACCCCGGCCGAGCCGCCCGUCUUCCCCUAUGCCCGCAUCGUCUACACCUACUCGCUGAGCUUCCUCACAGAGGAACAUCUGGUUUACACGAUCGGAGAGAGCGCUGCUGUCGGAUCUGCAGGGGUGGUGCUUUGGGGCGACAGUACCUUCUCUAAAUCUAAGGCUUCUUGUGUUGCCGUCAAAUCCUUCAUCGAUGACACUUUAGGUCCUUAUCUGGUCAACGUGACGUCGGCUGCUGUCCUCUGCAGUCAGAGCCUGUGCUCCUCUCAGGGACGGUGCCAGAGGAAGGACUUAAAGUCCCGGAGCUACCUCCACCUCGAUCCCGCUGAGUGGAAGGUGGUGUCGGAGGAGAAACCGGGAGGAAGGAGAAACUACCAGGUUGUAGCACAGACGGGCACUCGGAAGGUUCAGCUCAGGAAGUCUGAGUUUCGGUGCAGGUGUUACCCUGGGUGGGGCGGUGAGGACUGCUCCAAGAGGCGUUAACAAAAAGAAAGAAAGAACAAAUAGCCCAUUUUUAUGUAGAUUUAUUAAUUAAUUUUUAUAUUUUAAGAGACAAAAAUACAGUUUAUGUCAUCAACAAGCUUUCUUAGCUCAGACCUUCAAACAAAAAUCAAAGAAAACACAAGAGUGGGUAUUUCCUUUUAAUGUAAGGUCUCCAAAAAUACCUCUUUUUAGUCCAUGUGCUCAUCGAGUCGGUAAAACACAGGACAUGUGAGCAUUUGUCAUAGAAAUAAAAUAGAGCACAUUUUUAACCACGGUGCAUGUCAAAUUUGCAGAAGUAAAAAAUGGAACAUUAUUGAGCUUCACUUCUGAGAAUGAUGAAAGCAGAAUAAGUGAACUAAAUGUGUUUCUUUGAGUUUCAUUGAAUUAAUUAAGAUACAUAAAUUGCAAACUGAGAUCUGCUGAUGUGGAAAUAUAGUGACCUUUUUGUUCUCACUUGAGUUUAAUGACAUGUCGUAAAACAGUGAAGCUUCUGAAUCACAUUUAGUGAACCAUGAUGUGAAACCUAAAGUCUCAAGCUUGUUACAUUUUAUAAAUUAGAAUAUUUGUUGUCUUACAAAUUAAAAAAAGACUUCUAUCUACUUCCUAACCAUAGCUAACUGUGCAGUCAGUCUCAUUUUGCAUCAACUCAUGCAAUAAUUUAAUCUAACAAUUUCUGCUUUAAACUAAAAGUUCAGUUCUAAAACACACACUUUUUUCAAAGCAUUACACACAAUUUUUGCAUUUUGGCUCAAAUGGCGCCAAAAUGCAAACAUGGCGCCAACCAUGUUUGU